GUAGAUAGAAAGUGGCUGUGGGGAGAGGAAAUUGGGUGCGUGUAUUGUAUAGUAUAUACUCUCUGUGUCUCUCUGCAGAAAUCGAAGAGAGUGCAGAGCUCUCUCUCUACGUAUUCGCAAAUACGAGCUCACCCUCCCUUGAGUCUUCUAAUGCGAUUUGACGUCCAAGAUUGUUCAAAAGGGGGUUCAUUUUGAAACGGUUUGUUUGUCGUCUUAAUGAACAGGAGAGGUGAAAAAAUGGAGCAUGAUGAGACUGGAUGCCAACCUCCUCCCGAAGGUCCUAUUUUGUGCAUCAACAACUGUGGCUUCUUUGGAAGUGCAGCAACCAUGAACAUGUGUUCCAAGUGUCACAAGGACUUGACAGUGAAACAAGAACAGGCUAAACUUGCUGCAUCAUCCAUUAACAACAUAGUUAACGGAUCAGGUGGAUUCAGUGUGGGCAUGCAAGUGGAUUCAUUGGAGCCAAAGACUAUUUCUUUGCCACCAACUCCGGCAUCUGGCUCUGAGGAGACCAGUGAGCCAAAGCCGAAGAAGGGUCCUAAUAGGUGCACCACUUGCAAGAAACGGGUUGGCUUAACCGGGUUUAAAUGUCAUUGUGGUGACCUCUUUUGUGGAUCGCAUCGCUACUGGGACAAACACGACUGCCCUUUUGAUUACCGUGGCACUGCACAGGAUGCUAUAGCAAAAGCCAAUCCUGUUGUAAAGGCAGAAAAGCUCGAUAAAAUCUAGAGCUGAUGGGGAUGAUGAAGAUUUGAUAUGCAUAUAUAUAUAUAUAUGAUGCCUCCUGCUAUUUUUCCUGGGACUUGCUGUUACGACAACUCUGCAGCUUAAAGAACUCUAUGGCUUUAUGAUUACUGAGAUUUUCUGUUGGCUUCAAGUGUCUUUUGUGAUGGUUUGGUGGACAUAAUUUGUGGUUGGGUUGAAAUGGUGUUUCUCUCUUGUGGUUCAUGUCAAAUGGGUAUUGUGCAAUUUCUUGAUAAUAUGGAGUACAUCCAUGGCAUUCUUGUGACUUGUAAAUCUUGAUUCUGGUUUUUGAGAAUAUCUUCACUACCGGUCCUGUUUGGUGUAACUUUAUAUUACUUACAAGUGUUUGAUACAACUAUUAUUUA